UACUACCCUUGGAUGCACUCCUGCUAUGGAGAAGAUUGAGGAACAAUUUGCUAAUUUGAACAUUGUUAAACGUUCCUCAGAAACUAAAGAGCCUACUUAUCUGCUUGGCAUAGACACAUCAAAGACUGUACAAGCAGAAAAAGGAAGCUUGGUUGCUGUUUUAUGCUCUAACGGAUCAAUCAGAAUAUAUGAUAAAGAUAGAUUAAAUGUACUACGAGAAUUUAGAGGAUAUCCUGGACUUAAUGGAGUCAAGUUUGCAAAUUCCUGUGACAGCGUGUAUUCCUCAUGCAGUGAUGGGACUGUAAAAUGUUGGGAUGCUCGAUUAGCCAGUGAAAAACCUGUCCAGCUGUUCAAGGGUUACCCUUCCAAUAUUUUUAUCAGUUUUGAUAUCAGCUGUAAUGAUCAUGUCAUUUGUGCUGGUACAGAAAAAGUUGAUGAUGAUGCAUUGUUGGUAUUUUGGGAUGCAAGAAUUAAUUCUCAGGAUUUGUCUACUACUAAAGACCCACUUGGUGCAUAUUCGGAGACACAUAGUGAUGAUAUCACUCAAGUAUGUUUCCAUCCCAGCGAUCCCAACGUGGUAGUCUCAGGUUCAACUGACGGCCUGGUAAAUGUAUUUGAUAUUACUGUUGAUAAUGAAGAAGAUGCACUGGUUACAACCUGUAACUCAGUUUCAUCAGUAAGCUGUAUUGGUUGGUCUGGGAAAGAUUAUAAACAGAUUUACUGCAUGACACAUGAUGAAGGAUUUUGUUGGUGGGAUCUUAAUCAUCUGGAUACCGAUGAACCAAUUACAUGUUUGAACAUCCCGGAUGUCAGAGAAGUAAUUAAUGUGAAAGAAGGGAUUUUGGACUAUUUGAUUGGCGGCCUAUAUCAUGAAAAGACGGACAAAUUGUUUGUAGUUGGAGGAACAAACACAGGAAUUAUUCACAUAAUGAGCUGUACUACAUCAGGAUUGGUCCAUGUGACCAGGCUUCAGGGAGGGCAUGCUGCUACAGUCCGUUCUUUCUGUUGGAAUAUGCAGGAUGAUUCUUUGCUAACCGGAGGAGAAGAUGCACAGUUGUUACUUUGGAAACCUGGAGCAGUAGAGAAGACGCUUACAAAGACAGACAGCAUGAAAAUAGCAUCCUCUGUGUACCAGCGAGUUCGAGUUCAUAGUAAUGAUUCUUAUAAGAGAAGGAAAAAGCAGUGAUGUUACAUUGGGAGUUUACUUGACAGGUUUUAUAGUUGCAAAUAAUCAUUUCUGUGUACUACCUGUUGUAGACGUGUUUAAAGCACAUAUGUAAAUAAAAACAAGCCAGUUAGCAAACAGUCCUGAAAAAAUGUUGAGAAUGGUUUAAUUCAGGUCUUUGUGUAUUGGAAAAUUAUUAUUUUUUAAGCUGCCAUUUGAGUAUAUGAUCAGUGAGUUGAAAGUAAAAUUACAUUCCUCAUUUUAAAAACCCAUCUGUUGAAUUAGUAAAUGUUGAGUUUGAAGAAAUAGCUUUGAUAAGGGCUUUUUAGAAGUAGAUGGCUGUUGUGACUUUAAAAAACAGGUGGUUUGGGCUG